AUGGCAUCUCCAACCACACCUAAUGAGACCUCGCCACUCCUCCAACAUCACCCCCCGCACUCCAUCCCCAGCAGUCACGAUGCCUCGCAAGACCCAAACGCUUCCAAGCCCGAUGCAGACCGGACAAGUCUCACUCUCAGAAUCGCCGCCGCCAUGUUCUCCUUCGUAGUCCUGGGCCUUUUCACAUCCACCAUCGGCGUCAUGCUGCCUCCCAUCUCUAAGCAAUAUCACCUCAGCGACCUAUUCGCCUCUUUCAUCUUCCUCGUCGGCCCUGUCGGCUAUGUCAGUGGCGCUUACUUCAACUCGGCCAUUCAUUCCACUUUUGGCCAGCGAGGCAUCGCGUUCCUUGGCCCUGUCUUGCAUCUCUUAGCCUCCGUGGCUAUCGGUGCGCAUCCGCCGUCCUUUCCGCUGGUGCUGGUGGGAUUUGCGCUCGUAGGUACGGGGAAUGGACUCGUAGAUGGAUCGUGGUGCGCGUGGGCGGGGAGCAUGGAGCGAGCGAAUCUGGCGUCCGGGCUGUUGCACGGCGCGUUUUCGGUGGGUGCGGCGACGGGCCCGUUUGUGGCGGGGAGUAUGAUGGCGAAGGAGAACGGGGAGUGGUGUGAGUGGUAUUAUGUGCUGGCCACAGCAUCUGUCCUGGAGCUCGCCGUCCUCCUCUUCGCUUUCAGGCAUGAGAAUGCGUUGAGGUACAGACAGGAGAAGCAUGCCGAAGUGACCCACAGCAAAGGUUGUACAUCAGCUAUCGUUAAGCUCCCCGCUACCUGGAUGUCCGCAGCGUACUUUCUCGCCUACGUGGGUACAGAGACCGCAAUCUCAGGCUGGCUCGUAACAUUCAUGAUGCGCUCUCGCCACACAUCCGCAUACCUAGCUAGCCUCUCAUCAUCAGGCUUAUGGGCCGGCAUGGCCGUCGGUCGGCUCACACUAGGCUACAUCACGGACCGAAUAGGUGUACGACGUGGCACAGUGAUAUACUUCCUGUGCGCUCUCCUCCUCCAAGUCUUAUUCGCCACCGUGCGAACCCCAGUUGUGUCUAUCGUAUUGAUGACUCUGCUUGGGUUCUUCAUGGGCCCUUUGUUCCCAUCCGGUAUUGUCGUCCUGACAGGACUGCUACCGGGGGAGCUGCACGUCGCAGCCGUAUCGUUUGUGGCAUCGCUUGGUCAAGUUGGAGGCGCGUUGCUGCCAUUUGCUGUUGGAGCCGUUAUUCAGGGAUUGGGGAUAGGCGUUUUUCAGUACGCUGUUAUUGUGCUGGCGGCGGUUGCACUGAUACUGUGGAUCGCUUUCGCGAGGCUACGGCCGAUAGCGAUUACUGAUACUCCUAGAGGGGAUGAUGGGGAAGCGGCCGACACCGAAGGGUGAUAGAAGCCCUUAGGUGAAAGACUCCGUUGGCGAUCGGGAAGCGGAACCGUAGACUCUCCAU